AUGAUGCGCCGAAAAGAGCUUUAUACCAAUAUCACCCCUAUCCCCUCAUCCGUGCCCCGCCAACUAGCCCUCGACAUCCUACACAGCCACAGCGAAAUCAUCACACUAAACCCACUCGUCCUCUCACAUCAACCAGUCAGAGCUCCACGGGAUGCCGUCGCCGACGAGUAUUACUCAACGUGGUACGAGAUCACGGAACGAGUACAAUACGUUCCAGGCCUCGGCAAGAUGGGGUCAGGCAAGAUCAGCUUCAAAGGGUGUUUCCACAACGUCGCAUGGGGUCUAGAAACGCACAUGUACGCGCCGAUGGGAAUCGACCUCCGAAGCAAAUGGCGCAUUGGAGGCAACCAGCGCGACGAAGCACCCGAGCCGCGCGACAGGCGCACAGACGGCGCUCCGAAAACGGGACUCUAUCUGCAUGAGGAUAUCGAGAUCGAAUGCAACCGCACGCUAAUUUCUUUCGUCAAGAAUCAGUUGAAGGCUGCUUCCAAAGUGCUGGUAGAUCGUCUGAUUAAGAAAGCGGAGCUUCUUGAUGCAGGUGUCUUGCAGGCUAUGAUGGAGGAUGGGAAAUUGACCACAUAUAAUCCGGCCGAUCGAUCGAGCAGGAUUAUCAGGGAGCCGUCGCAUUCGUCGCGCAGACAGUCGGAUCAAAUGUCCAGGUCGUCGUCUUCUCGGGAACCGAGAUCGCCAACGGGUUCGGUGCAGUUGGGUUCGAUGACUUCUGGACAUGCCUUUCCGCCGCAGUACGGGCACGAACACAGUAAAAGUUUUGCUGUGGAAUUGCCGGCGGACUUUCAUCAUCCGCAAUCUGGAUCUGGUAAAUAUCAAGAGUUGCCGGAUACGGAUACCAGUCGACAUUCGAAAUCAUCACGGCUGGAUAAGGGGUAUAAUGAACUAUCUACCAUGGAAGAGACUUCAGAGGAGCGCAGUGAAGGCAUGUUACCCUAUAAGCCUUACAGACCAAAGGGUUAA